AUGUCAGAGGCGAAGGUGACACAGGCGUCCGAGGCGCUGCUGUCCUUCCUCCGCGACACGCUGGGCUCUGCGCCGGAGCAGCUCUUCGCGGGCGCGCCGCUCCGCUCGCACCUCGACCAGGUGCGCGGCCGGAUCGAGACCGCCGAGGCGGAGAUGGUCGAGGUCGUCAGUGCGCUCCGGCCGGAGAUGGAGACGACUUUCGCGCUCGGCGAGAGCGUCGCCGAGCGCCUCCGCCAGCUGCGCGGCGGGCUCGAGUCGGUCGGCCACGAGGCGCUGCAGCAGCGGCUGCAGGGCAUCUCUGCGCGGCGCGGGCGGCUCCGGGAGGAGAUCGCAUCGGCGCAGUCGGUGAGCGCCGUGCUGCAGGCGCUGUCCCGCAUGCACGUCUCUCUGGAGGGCUUCGACGCCGCGCUCGAGGCUGGCCGGCUCGGCGAUGCCUCCGUGGCGCUGCGGUCUGCGAGCGCGUCGUUCGGAGGCCUGUGCUGCCUCGGUGUGGCGGACAAGGCGCUGCUCGGGCUUUUGCGCGAGCGGACGGGCGCCGCGCGCGAGUCGCUCGCUGCCGCCGCCGCCGCGGCGUGGGAGGAGGCGGUGCUUGCUGCGGGCGGCGAGGGCGGCGGCGAGGGCGGCGAGGGCGGCGGCGAGGGCGGCGAGGGCGGCGGGGAGGGCGGCGGCGAGGGCAGGGAGGGAGGCGGCGAGGGCUGGGAGGGAGACCGGCUACUGGCGGAGGCGCGCGUGGCGCUGCUCUCCCCGCCCUCCCGCUCGCGCGAGAUCGGCGCCGACGCGGACGAGGGCGGCGAGGCGGCGCGAGGGGGAGGCACCGACCAGGACGACGAGUUGGCGGAGGCGCUGCGGCUGCCGCGGGGCCGCGUGUCCGAGCUCUGCCGCUGCUGCCUCGCCGCGGCGGCGCUGGUGCGGGGGCGCGGCGCGCGGCUGCUGGUGCGGCGCGCGCGAGAGGUGCUCGAGCUUUUCGUCGCUCUCGCACCCACGCGCGUGUCGAGCCCG